AUGGAUAACAAUCUCACGCUCUCUCCUUUGCGAAGACAAACGUAUCUGUUUGAUGUCUCAACUCUCUCAGACAAAGAGGAGCUGGUCGGUGCUGAAUUAAGGAUAUUUCGCAAAGCGCCCGCGGAUGUCCAACCGUCCCCAUCAGGCGUCUACAAUCUUCAUUUACUCUCGUGUCGAUCAAAGAGGCCACUGGCUUCCAGAUCCCUUGAUCUUCAGGAUUCCCGAAAAGCAGAAUGGGAGGUUCUGGACGUUUGGGGAAUUUUUAAAAACAGACGCCAAGGGAAUCAGCUUUGUCUCCAGCUCAAGGUUACGCAUAGCAAAUCUGACACCGAAAUCGACCUAAAUCAACUGGGUUUCCACCGGCACGGCCGAACGCAGCAAGAAAAGGCCAUAUUGGUGGUCUACACGCGGUCUAGGAAAAGAGAAAACUUGUUUAAUGAGAUGAAAGAGAAGAUCAAGUCUCGCGGAGACGACGAGGAGGAGGAGGAGAGCGCGCUGCAGUUUAAAGCGCGGCGCAGACGGAGAACUGCGCUCAAUAAUCGCCAUGGGAAACGGCAUGGCAAAAAGUCCAAAUCGAGAUGCAGCAAAAAGGCACUGCAUGUCAAUUUCAAAGAGCUGGGAUGGGACGACUGGAUCAUCGCUCCGCUGGAUUACGAAGCCUACCACUGCGAGGGCGUGUGCGACUUCCCACUGAGGUCGCACCUGGAGCCGACCAACCACGCCAUCAUUCAGACGCUCAUGAACUCCAUGGACCCCAACAGCACGCCGCCGAGCUGUUGCGUUCCCACAAAACUCAGCCCCAUCAGUAUACUAUACAUAGACUCCGGCAACAACGUCGUGUACAAACAGUACGAGGACAUGGUGGUAGAACAGUGUGGCUGUAGGUAGCGAAUCACACACGAGGGUUUGGCACCAAGGAAUAAAACACUUGAACGAUGCGUAAAGACGCGCUUGAGCCGCCCAAACUGCGCAUUCUCACUUAUGCAAAAAAGAUUCUUCAUCAGAGACAUUUUUGACGUUUUAAAAGAUUUCCACAGGCCACUGUUCAUGGUUGUGCCAAGAGCUUGUGUUCAGUUUCUCUAGACUUGGAACAAAAUCUUGUUUUAGAAGGUUC